UUGUUUUCCUAACCUCCAAUAUAGUUGUCAAAAUCCAAAAUAAAUUUAAAUUACCUUUUAAUAAUUCUUCAAAGAAUUGAAACAAUUCCGUGUUUGAUAAUAAAUUCAUAAUGUCACCAUUGGAUAACUUCCCAUGGAAGGAUACAUUUUUCCAGGAGAACUUCAGUAUAGAUCAAUGCCUAUCAAAGCUUACUCAAAAAGCCAAUUUAGAAACCCUGAAGUCGUACUUGAAAAAUUACGGAGAUGAGCUCCAUCGACAGAUGGCUGAAAUAUUGAAAACAGAAACAGAAGCGAUAGUUAAUCUGGCUGAAUACCUAACGAAUUUGAAUGCUAAAAUCGAUGAUUUAUCAACUUCACUCUCUCAAUUGCAAGAAGAACUUUCAAUUCUACAUACACUGAUAAAAAAUGCGGAAAUAGAUUACCGAAAAACAUUGGAAGACAAGAGAAUGAAUGAAACUCAAAAGAGUCACCUUAUAGCUGAAUUGAACUUCAUAUCUAUUUCUCUAUAUGUUGAUAAUAUCAUUCGAAAUAUUCAAUCGAAUGAUAUGGAGAGUUUAAUCAAUCUGGAAAGAGCUAUUUAUAAAUAUUCAUUUCAACGUAACUACCUUCUGGAACUUGGGGUCUCAGAAACUAAGGGUACCAAAAGUGGUUUAGAAAAUAAGCUUCUAAAUAUGAUUCAUCAACAAUUUUUGCGAGCUCUAAAAGACAAAGAUUCCAACUCAAUUGCGCGGUGCCUCAGAAUGUAUAGUAAUUUGGAUAAAGAGAAAGAAGCCGAGGAGUUUUAUCAACUUAGAUUUGUUCGAACUGCCUUGCAGCCAAUGUACUCAGAAAAAAAUCUGGAUAAAUUCAAUCAAGACAUCAAUAAAAUAUAUAAUGACACACUUAACUUCUUAUAUAACGACAUGAAAAUAUUGGAUGAUGUAUUAAAAGAAAAUACUGACUUGCAAGACUCUUUCAACUUUAUAUUGAACAGUUUUUGGGUCGAGGUUGAUAGACAAUGUAGAAAAGGACUGCCACAUAUUACAGCACCAGGAAAUCCAGAAUUAUUUCAAAAAAGAUUUGUCAGUACCUGGAAUCUCCUAACUGAAAUUGCUAAAAAAUGUGGAAGGGAGAACAUGAUAAAAGAAAAUCCAUCAUUUCAAGAUCAUAUAAAGAGAUUCAAUUUGCCAGUCUACUUCGAAAUAAGAUUCCAACAAAUUGCUAGUCAAUUUGAGACCGAUCUAAUGAUUAAACCAAACGACUCUUCAAUUCACAAUGGAGAGAAUGACUUUGGAUUCAAAUUGAAGAUCACACUGAAUUUAUAUGUUGCACUGAAGAAAUGCUUUGACAGUAAUGUUUUUAUUGAUCAGCUAGCUGAUCAUUUCCUCAAGUUUUCCAUGUUUCUAUUAUCUAGAUACAUAAUGUGGUUCAAAAAAGCUUUGGAACAGCCUUAUACAGAUAUGAAUUGGGAAUAUUUCAUCAUGAACUCUUUAGUAGAUUUCAAGAAAAUUCUUAAGCUUCUUGGUGAUAAAGAAGCCCUUGAUUCAGAUGAAAACUUAUACAGCAUAUUCCCAAAUAUUAUGAAACCUGUGAUUGUUAAAGUAUUUGAAAAUAAUAACAAAAUGAUAACUCAGUUUUCUGUUUAUCUGAGUGAUCACUUAGCUUCAUUAAAAGUUAAUGAAAUAUCGGAGCAGCUACAAAAUGUUACUGCAAUUCCAAGGCUAUUCAGAAGGACCAAUAGAAGUCCACCAAAGGAAGCCAGUACCUACAUGUUUGAGGCUGUUAAACCAAUCUUACAAUUUAUUGAGAAUUAUGCAGGGGGUGGUAAUGAUGAAAUUUGCAAUCCAUUACUUGACAAAGUAAUACUUAGGGUCACUAAGCAGUAUUGCCAUUUAGUUCAAGAUGUUUUACAGUCUGUGUUCAAAACAGAAGAAUCAUUAAGAAGGUUGAAAAGCAGGAAUAUUGUGUCUUUAGAAGAAACAUCCUCAGAGACAAUGACUGACGAGAUGAAGAUUCGGGAACAGAUCAAGUUGGACAUCAAUUACUUCAUUUUGAAGUUGCGGCCAGUAUCAUCAUCAAGUAGUACUGAUGAAGCAUUGAAUCAAUUGGAAAAAAAUAUUUCUAUUUCAUAAAAAUUUAUUGUUUUGUUAUUUGUUCGUUAAUCACAUUACUAUAUAAUAAAUAUUUUUAUACUA